UGGAGUUUGGAUUUACUGAGAAAAUCGUGUAGUUACACACAAUCAAUAAGCAAAUGCCUACAGGGAAUAUAAAAAGAAGUUAUCAGACAUACACAUUGUCAUGCCUGCACAUAACGAAAAACUUCUUGCCAAUGUAUCUAUUUUGUUGAUUGCCUAGGAUGGAGGUUCAACAUUGGGACUAUUAAAGGUGUAGAUGUAAUUUAUGUGAUGACUGGAGAGCAAACAGAAUUCAGGUCAGCAGAGGAGAAUAUAACAGAAUUGAAGUUUGGUAAUUUCGACUUCCCUGAGAAGGGAGAGAAUUUGUUGGCAAUGAUAGACUUCACUCCACAGCAAUUGUACUCUGUUGGAAAACCAAUGGAAGAGGAUGUAAAGCUACAACAAUGUGUCAAUGAGACAUAUUGUCUACCUGAAACACCAAAGGUUGUAUAUGGAUUGAGAGGUUCUACUGCAGAUAUAUACCUUGACAAUGCAGCUUAUAGAGAAUUUCUCUUCAAAUCAUUUAAUGUCGCUGCAAUUGUAAUGACAUCUCUAUCAAAUGGAGUGCCUUGUAUUGUGUUUCGUCGUGUAUUGGAUUAUGCAGGCGGAGAGGGAUUACUGUCAUGAACGAGCCUUACUUAUUUGGCUGCUUUGAAUGCUCUGAGUGUUGCUGUUGAGUUUAUUGGAUUAUUUGGCAAGGAAGCUGCUAUCCAUGACCACUGAAAGUGGACACCAUUUGAGGCUAGAGAAAUAUUGCUAAAUAUGUAUACAAAUUAUUUAAUUUUGAUAAAGUAAUGUCCUAAAAUAUUUAGCAAUGCCUCAUGUUGUACAGUUCGUACUGAUUUCUAGAAGGUCUUGCCCUGCCUACGAGGUGUGAGAGUUCUUAAGUGUGACCUACGAAUGUUACCAUAUCCGCCAUGUGAACGACUCUCUUGGGAGGUGUCUGGUGUGGACACGUCUAGUUGUCCUACACAUGGAUCAGUGAAUACACCACUGAAUCUAGAGCUAAGGUGAAGAAUGGAAGUCCCCACUUCCUUUAAGCCCAAGAAACACUCUUGGCCCUUACUUAGAGGUUCAGCUUAACUAGACUUGAGUCUGGAGUUAGGGUACGGGUUUGCCAGUUUGUUAGGCAGGCACCCAGACUUGGUUGACCGAAUGGAUCAGCCUCCACUAAUAUUUCUAGGCCAUUUUUGAUAAGAUCCAAGAAAGUCAAAGAACUUCUGUGUUAUUGCUUAUCUC